AUGCGAAUGUUGAGAUGGAUGUGUGGUGUGACAAGAAUUGAUAAGAUAAGAAAACAGAAAAUAAAGGUAAGUUUAAAGGUAACGCCAGUGACAGAAAAGAUGUGGAGUACUAGGGCAACAUGGUAUGGUCGUGUUAUGCGCAGGGAAGAAAGUCUUGUUACCAGAAGAAUGUUAAAUAUGUUUGUGGGUGGGAAAAGGAGUAGCGGGAGACCAAAGAAGAGAUGGAUGGAUUGUGUGAAAGAGGAUAUGCGUGUAAAAGGAUUGGAUAAUGAUAUGAUGGGUGAGAUGAGUGGAAGAGAAAGACAUGAUGUGCCGACCCAAGGGCUAGAAGAAGAAGAAGAUUACUUAAAUGAAUAA